AUGAGCGAAAAGUAUCAACUCUCUGAAGAUGGAUUCACUCAGGGAUCCUUGCGCGAGAAUCGUUCCUUCGAUGAGGAAAGUAUUGUGACCACGAUUGAUCCCGCCAAGUCUACCCCAGAGUACCACAUAAAAAAGGCAGAAGAUGCUCUGGAUACCUUAAAGAGUAUUGUCAAGGGAGGGGGCUGGAAAAGAAUUCUCAAACACAAAAGCGGAGUGAUUGUCUACAGUAGGCCAGGUGAAUCGGGAGAAAACAAAUUACCAAUAUUCAUGGGUCAACACGAAAUAGAAGGUUUCCCUCCUCAGACGGUCUUUUCGGUGAUUGGAAUGAGAAGGCUCUGGGAUGAGCUAUAUGAAGAGGGCAACUUGGUUGAAAAUCUAGACGAAACAACAAGCUUAACUUACAUGGUUAUGCAAGGAAUGGCUGGGUCCAAGACUAGGGACUUCUCGCUGGUAGAAAAAAUUGAUUGUUCACUGGAUGGGAAAAUCUUUUUUGUCUCAACGUCGGUCGAUACACCCAAAAUCCCACGUUGCGUCGGCAAAGUUCGUGCCAACAUAAAACUCAACGGAUGGAUCCUUGAACCUACUUCUGAAACUCCACCUUCUACAAAGGUUACCUAUAUUCUUCAAUCGGAUGUCCGAGGAUGGGUUCCAUCGAUGUUCGCUAACAAAUAUUUGGCAAGACGACCUCUCGUCAUACACAUAAUUAAAAGUUACCUUCAAAAGAAUGGAUCACCUCCAGUAGUCUUCGUUUCACCACCAAACUCUCGUAGAACGUCACGAAGUAUUGCCGAAGACCCUAAAAAAGACGAAAUCGAGGAGGACACCAAGGAAACAAAGGUCGUAAGACAGAAGGUGAUAUUCAAGAGUGAAAAGGUGGACACACUUGAGUCCUCGAAUGUUCACGUGGCCCGCGAGGCUCACGUCGCUCCGGCAUAUACUCUGGACAUUGUGCGCUUAAGUAGUGAUGAAAAAGCUGCCGACUCUUCGCCUCACCACAGUCAAGCCGCGAGUGUGAACGAAGAACACGUGUCAUCCGAGGUGCUCUCAGAAAGUUCCGAAGCCUCGUCAGGUAUCGUGGAAGAGGUCGUUGAGGUUCUUGAGCCUACAAAGCAAAUUGUUACACAUCGACACACCGAAUCAGUGCAAAAUGCACUCAAAACCCUGAAAUCACUCUAUGAUGACCUGGAUGGUUGGAUCCCAUAUACCGAGAGUAGAGGUGUUAAGGUCUAUACCAAAGAUAGUGGUAGGUCUAUGCCGAUCGUACGGGGUGACGCUACCUUUAUCGGAUGUACACCCGACGACAUCCUGUCGGUCGUGGCCAGCUUAGAGUUUAAAAAACUUUGGGAUGAUCGUUUUGAAGAAGGCACCACUUAUGAACGUUGGGGCCUAAAUGAUACAUUAACUAGAGCAGCAAUGAAGGGAACAUUUCCCGUUAGCGGUCGCGAUUUGUCAUUGAUCAACACAGUUGAUCGAGAUCCCGAGACUGGAACAGUUUGGUUUGCCAACACUUCGGUGGUCGAUGAGAAUAUUCCUGUGUCCAAGAAACAUGUGAGAGCUGAGGUGGCAACCGCGGGUUGGAUACUAAAAGCUGAGAAGAAUGAGUUGCAUGACAUCAAGGCAGUAAAGGUCUCAUACAUUGUCGAUAUUGAUAUCAAGCUUGACUCAAUUCCAGCGGCAAUUUUAAAAUCGAUCUCAACUCAAACGCCAAUGUGCGUCGGUAAGGUUGAUGAGGUCAUGCAAAAAUAUGGAUUUCCACCAUAUGUGAGAAGAACGACCGGAGAUGAGUUAAAAAACAAUAAGUUUAACGUCAAAGCUUCUCAAUGCGACCUCACCCUUAAAGUUAACGGAGGAGGUUUCAUCGAGAUCCAAACAUCUUUGAAGAUGUAUCCGAAUGGUUUCGACGUCUCGGUCGAACCCAGAAAUAUGAAAGUUGAAGUGAUUCAUAAUAACCAGGGGUUGAUCCGACUUACAAUGCCUUCAGGAACUGAUUCACACGAAAUCAAAAUUACGAUCACAAAGAGCACGUCUAAAAGUAUGAAAGUGACAUACAAUCAACAUCAAGAUAUUCCAAUAUCUUUACUAGAAGAAACGACCGUACCCCAAGUAAAGACCACAAAUAAUGCGGUUGACCUAAAUAAUGCGGUUGACCUAAAUAAUGCGGUUGACUUAAAUGAUGCGGUUGACUUAAAUGAUGCGGUUGACCUAAAUAAUGCGGUUGACUUUAAGCAUGCAAAAGAAAAAUCUUCAAAUUCCACACUGGUUGAUAAACCUAUCAGUGAGCCGAUUAUGAAGGUCAUUGACAUGGGUGACAAUGAAAGUGCCACUCUCACUGCUGCAAUGAUACCAAAACAAAUGCUUCUUUCAAUUUCAGCCGACAAUACUGAAGAGGAUAAGACAUCACAUAAGCCUCAGGACGAGCCACUUCUGCCGAAAAGUUCAAAAAGAAAAACAAUCAUAGGCGAUUCGGUUAUAAUAACUCGUUAUGACACCAACAAGUUCGUUGCUGACUUAUCUAAAAAUGUUAAAUUUGGUUCUCAACAA